AUGUCUAAGCAACUACCAUAUGAGUUACUAGUUUUAAUAAAGGAUGAUCUUUCGAAAAGAAUUAGCCAAAGAAUUAUUGCUAUUAAAAGAAACGUGAGUAAAACAGCCGUUUCAAAUGUUAAGUUUAAAAUAGAUAAUAACCUACCAAUUACUCGCAAGUAUGGAUCAGGAAGACCUCAAAAGCUUAAUGAUGAUUUAAAAUCUGAAUUAUUCAAAAUCUAUGAUUAA